ACCAAUUCAAGAAACAACAAUUCAAGAAACACCAAUUAUUCCUUCAUCAAACCACCAAUUCAAGAAACUCAAAUUUCAGGCACAACUUUACAACAUCAUUAGAAAACUCCAAUAAUCAAUUUAGACAUCAAUCAUGAAUUCAACAAACUCAUUUUUUUUGUUUUCAAGCUUCAACAAUGGCGGAUACAAAAUUAAACUAGCAAAAUUCAUACCAAUCAAACUCAAAAUUCAAGUACAACUUCACAUCAUCAUCAGAAAAUCCCAAUAAUCAAUUUGAACAUCAACCAAAAAUUCGACAAACUCAUUUGAAAAUAAUCGAUCUCUGCACAAAUCCCAAGAAAACCCUUUUUGAAAAUAAUCAAUCAGCUAUGACUCUCGAUUCAGGAGGAGGAUCCAGUUUUGUGGUCCCUCGGAAUUUCAGAUUACUUGAGGAACUCGAACGUGGUGAAAAGGGUGUUGGUGAUGGUACAGUGAGCUAUGGGAUGGAUGAUGGAGAUGAUAUCUACAUGCGUUCCUGGACUGGCACCAUUAUUGGUCCACACAAUUAUGUUCAUGAAGGGCGUAUUUAUCAGUUGAAGCUAUUCUAUAACAAAGGUUAUCCAGAGAAGCCUCCAAGUGUCCAAUUCCAUUCUCGAAUUAACAUAACAUGUGUCAACCACGAGACUGGAGUGGUGGAACCAAAAAAGUUUGGUGUACUUGCAAAUUGGCAGAGAGAGUACUUCGUGGAAGAAAAUGGGGAUCGAAAAUUAAUGGUUGAAGAAAAUGGGUGAGGUUGUUAUUGAAGGAAUUGAUGGUUGAAGAAAAUGAGUGAGGUUGUCAAUGGAGAAAUUAAUGGUUGAAGAAAAUGGAUGAGGUUAUUGACGGAGGAAUUGAUAGUUUAAAGAAAAUGAGUAUUGUUGUUCUUGAUCAAUUGGAGAAGAAAAGAGUGUGGGGGUGUGGGUUGGCGUGAGG